AUGCAACUUCCCCCGGCCGCCGUCAUGGCGAGUUGGCCAACGGCCAAUUACGUUGACCCUGUGACUCGCGGACAUGGUGUCCUCAUUGUGAACAUUGUAUGCAUCAGUUUGGCAUUUGUGGUCACAUUACUCCGUCUAUACACUCGACUGCGCAUCACAUCUACUGCCGGUAUCGACGAUAUCUUAAUUACAAUCGGUCUGGUCUUCGCCAUUGCAAUGGUUGCCGUCACCUCUCUCGCAACCGAGAAUUGGGGGUUCAACAGACACAUCUGGGAUAUUCCAAUGACUUGGUUCCCCACCAUCGAGAAACUCAACUUGGCUUUCCAGAUUAUGUUCUCAUGGUCGUCUGGUUUUACCAAGGUUUCGCUUCUAUGGUUCUGUCGGCGACUUCUUGGUGCUGGGAAAGGCGGCUUUGGGAUAUACAAUUGGGCGUUUAUUGGGUCCAUGGUCUUUGUCACGCUUUCUGUCCUCAUGUUCACCAUCUUCAGCAUCUUCCAGUGCUCACCUAUCAAAGCAUACUGGGAAGUCGCGCCCGCGUAUCCACACAAAUGCAUGAAUGACGGAGAUAUCAUCUUCUCAGCCAGUGUGAUCAACAUCUUCACCGAUUUCCUGGUCACAACAAUCCCAAUGCCACUAAUCUGGAGUCUCAAGCUCCCCACCCGCCAGCGACUCGCCGUCAUCUCCAUUUUCGGACUAGGCGUCGUCGUCAAUGUUGCCGGUUCCGUCCGCACGGUUUACGUCUGGAGGAGCCAGAAAGCCAGCUACGACCAAACUUGGCAAGGCUGGCCAAUUCUCGUGGCUGCCGUGGUGGAAAUUAGCUUAGGCCUGAUCUGCUCUUCGGCCCCAGCUCUCCGUCCCCUCAUCGCAACCUUCCUUCCCCGCCUCCUUCAAUCCGCCCAUCACAUCAACUCUGGCUACAACCGUCAAACCCGCUCCAAUAAACUUUGGUCCUCCACCGGCCGCUCCCGAAACUCGCAUCUGAUCGCGCCCUCGGAUUCCCGGCAAGCGGGUUACGAAAGCGAUCGCUUCGAGAUCAUGCGCACGGUCGAGAUGGAAACAUGGACCGAGUCCCGGCUUGCUCAUCAUAAUUCUACGAUGGGGAUCGAUAGCCGUGCUAUCUCUCCCGAGGACGAUAUCGAGAUGAAGACGGAUCCUAUGGUCUUCAAUUCUGCCUCAAGCGGGAAAUCGUCCACAUCGAUUGGGCGCGUCGAUCCGCCAGCAUUUAUUGGCCAGGCUAUCUAA